CUCACUCAUCCACGCACUCCCCCAGCUCAACCAUGUCCGCCUGCUCCAGCGACCUGAGCUACGGCAGCCGCGUCUGCCUGCCCGGCUCCUGUGACUCUUGCUCCGACUCCUGGCAGGUGGACGACUGCCCAGAGAGCUGCUGCCAGCCCCCCUGCUGCGUCCCCAGCUGCUGCGCCCCGGCCCCCUGCCUGACCCUGGUCUGCACCCCAGUGAGCUGUGUGUCCAGCCCCUGCUGCCAGGCGGCCUGUGAGCCCAGCCCCUGCCAAUCAGGCUGCACCAGCCUCUGCCUGCCCUCAUGCUGCCAGCAGUCUAGCUGCCAGCCAGCUUGCUGCACCUCCUCCCCCUGCCAGCAGGCCUGCUGUGUCCCCGUCUGCUGCAAGUCUGUCUGCUGUGUGCCCACCUGCUGCAAGUCUGUGUACUGUGUGCCCAUCUGCUCUGGGGCUUCCUCUCUGUGCUGCCAGCAGUCUAGCUGCCAGCCAGCUUGCUGUACCUCCUCCCCGUGCCAGCAGUCCUGCUGUGUGCCUGUCUGCUGCAAGCCUGUCUGCUGCAAGCCCGUCUGCUGCACACCCGUCUGCUCUGGGGCUUCCUCUUCAUGCUGCCAGCAGUCUAGCUGCCAGCCGGCUUGCUGUACCUCCUCUUGCUGCAGACCCUCCUCCUCCGUGUCCCUGCUGUGCCGCCCCGUGUGCAGGCCUGCCUGCUGCGUGCGCGUCCCCUCCUGCUGUGCCCCCGCCUCUUCCUGCUGUGCCCCCGCCUCCUCCUGCUGUGCCCCCGCCUCCUCCUGCCAGCCCAGCUGCUGCCGCCCGGCCUCCUGCGUGUCCCUCCUCUGCCGCCCCGCGUGCUCCCGCCUGGCCUGCUGAGGCCUCUGCUCAGGCCAGAAGUCCAGUUGCUGCUGGGCACUUCCCCCAGGCCCAACCAGGCUCAGGUCUUGAUCUGGCUUAGGUGGCUGCCCCCACCUGGGGACAGGUGCCCAUGUCUCCCCUGUGCUGAGGUGACCACCCUCCUUGCUCCCAGGAGCCCCAUCCUCGCUGCUCCCCAGCUGCUGCCUCCCAGCACUUACCCACCUGCCUGCUGGGCCCCCGUCCUCCCUCCCAGCUUCUCUGCCCCGGGUCAUUUGGCCUCGACCUGAGCCUGUCAGCACCUCUUCCUGCUCCCAAUAAACUCUCCUUGGUCACCUGA